AUGACCUCCUCACCACUACCGCCACCACCACCAAAGCUGGACCUCGGCUUCACCGAGCCGUUCGCCGACGGCUGGCGAGCCAAGUGCAAGUACAUGCCCUGCAAGCUGCCCAAGGAGAACCGCUUCUACUCGAGCCGACCGCCGGAAUAUGAUGCCGCUUUUAAGGAGGACCCGGAUCCGGAGUACGACCCCAAUCCAGCCGAGUUUGGCGUUCAGCUGUGUCCGGUUUGCGGGGUGAGGGCGCCGCACCGGUGCGGCCGCUGCCAGAAGACCAGCUACUGCUCACGGGAGCACCAGGUGCUCCACUGGAAGCGAGGUGGUCACAAGGCCGUCUGUGAGGGCGGCGGUGGUGGUUCGAAAGAAGAAGAAGAGGAGUCCAAGAAAGAGGAAGUCCACUACGAGGGCGUCGUCUUUCCUGAACUCGAACUGCUCAUCGGCGACGAUGACGAUGACAACAAAGCUGACUUUGCCGAGAACUCCGAGGACGACGAAGGCGAGGUGGCCGAGUCGGAGAUGUCCAAGUACCGCGACUACCUCCGCCGAAAUAAGCCCUCACUUCAGACUGACGCCAGUCUAAACGCCUACGGAGAAAGCAACUCCAAAUUUGAUCAGCUGGAGGAGGAAGAGGCGGACCAGAUCGCCUUUGAGCGCUUCAAGAAGCGGUCCAGCGGCGGUGAGGUGAUCCGCUACCGAGCUGACUGGUACCUCGAAGACAAGGACCUCGAAGACAAGGACCUCGAGGACGAAGACGAAGAAGACGUCAUCCUGUGGAUCAGCAGCCGCAACAAACCGACCUCCAUUCCGCCCUGUCCUCGCU